AGCGGAAACGUUCACCGAACAAUCUGAACCAGAGACGGCUCCCGAGCUGGUCAUCUGUGAGGACCUGGAAGGCCAGUUGGAACAGAUACUGAUCACCACAGAAGCGGCCCUCGGGAUGGAGAGGGUUAGAGCUUGCUUGUCUCUACUCACGGCUGCCAGAAGAGGACUGGAUGAUACGGAAAUAUUGGACUUGUUGGCCCAUGACGAUCUAUUCAGAAGCGAGGAGACCUAUUUUCCAUGGGCACCAGGGGCUCUUUUGUGGCCUCAGUUGGGGGCUCUAUUGGCCCCCUGGCUGCGGUGGGACUCGCGAGGGGCGGCUCGUUGGCGGGACGCGGCGCUGGCCGUCACGGCAACGGACCGGUAUGCGUCACAUGUGCACGCCGCGAGACAGAUUCUUGUUGAAUACUACGAGGGUGCGUGGUUCGUAGAAAACGAUCCAAAAAUGAGCGGCCGAUUAAUUUCACAGGAGAACAAAUUUUCUGAUGAAUGGUAUAACACGAGAAAGUUCGACGAGCUGCCAUUCCAACACUACCACCUUCUAAAAGAAGACCCAGAAGCCUUUGCCGUCAAACCUUAUUUCACCCAAUUAAAUUGGAUUCACGAUAAACUCGCUGCCACUGGUUGUGGCCUUUUCCUCGAAGACAUAGCACUAGUCCACAUAGACCCGCUACCAGAGCAUCUAAAUAUCCUCAAAGAAGUUUUCGAGACACAUUCCUAUGCGCUAGAUUACGACCAUAGACAAUUUUUCGGCCUUCUCAGAACUACGAUGGAGAAAAGACAUCGUGCUGGGAUAGAAAUAGAUAGCGAUAUAGUGCAAGAGUGGAUGAAAGAAAUUUUCGAACCUCCAGUACCAACAUUAUACCCAGCGAACGAAGAAUUUUGGAAAGUUACGGAGAACAGAGAAAAACGGGAUAUGUUUAUGAUUGAAGGUUUCGACACUAAGUCCUAUAAUUUGAUAGUGAGGUUCGAUACGAGGGGUAAAUUUGUGGCGACAGUGUCGACGGAACGAGAAGAGAUUUGCGUGUGGGAUGUCGUAAAGUGUAAGUUAGUGAGAAAAAUAGUGGGAAUAACUCACCCGAUCAACCUAGUUCCGAUCGAUGAGUAUCGAUGUGUGGUGUUGUGCAGAAGAGAGCUGAAGGUGUAUGACCUAGACCAGGGUAAAUACGUGGUAGCCCUAAAAGGCGUGAUGAACCAGAAGAUGCCCUACUACGGCCUCCACGACCCGAAGCAUCUUGUGGCUCUUUCCAGGAACCGGAUGUAUGUCAACCUCAUGAAUAUUGAAACUGGUGACUGUGUAACGACGUUCAAGGCUGGAGAAGACAGGUUCCUAAACUCACUUCUCGUGUCUGGCGAUGGAAGAGUUUUAGUGUGUGGCGAUGAAACUCAGAAACCCUUUCCCCUGCUUGUGUGGUCGUUGACCUCAAGAAAAUUGUUAUAUGACCUCAGAAUACCUCACCACGACUUCAUCACCUCAAGGGCCGCGAUUACUUAUGAAGGUUCCUACGUUUGUGUGGUUUCACGCGAACUAGACGAGCCAAGUCCAAACUUCAUCGUGGUGUACGACCUUCAGUCGGGGACUCUGUUCAAGAAGUGGAAGCCGGGCUGCGACACCGUGGCUCUGGCGAUCAGCUCCGUCGACGGCUGCGUCGUGUCAGGGCUCGCUGAUACGAGGAUAUUGGUCUGGGAUUUGGUUACUGGCAACUGCAGGUUGACAUUGCGGGGACACGUAGCAGCACCGUCCCUUUUGAGGUUGUCGAAGUCAGGCGGAGUGUUGCUGUCUACAGACCACACGUGCAAGGACCUAUCUGUCAGAUUAUGGGACCUACAUACUGGCAAACUAAUAGCAGUUUACACACCACCGGAAAGGAUAACGUCCUGCGAGGUCCUACUCGGCGGAUCAGUGAUAGCUUUAGCAUUGGAGAACUAUAAAGAGAUACUGUGCGUCAAACUGCACGGUCCGUCCGUGGAGUCGGUGAAAAAUGGAAAGGAAUGCGAGUUUGAUGAUACAGGGUACGGUCAAGAGGAGAACGAAGGAAAGACAUUCGACGUGCGGGGUGCAGAGACCACCUGAUAAAGAGCCGCCGGUUCAACUCGUUAGCAAUAAUCUGUGGUUAUGUAUCAUUAUUAAUUACAUAAAGUUAUAGUUUUAAUAUUACGUUCGUAGCUUUUAAUACAAAACGUUCUCAGAUGUACUUACUCUCAAUAAUCUUCGUAGAGUACUUACCUACUCCUAAAUACCGUAUGGCAUAGGUAAUAUAUUUAUAAUAGAAUUGCCAACGAUUUCUAUAGAGUACAAAUAUUAAGAUUCCAUUCCUUUUUUAUCAUAUUCAUUUUAAACGUACAACUUUUAUUUUAAUUAUCAUAAUCCACAACGUCGAAGAAGAUAGCAUUAUUGAAGUAAAACUUCUAUAAGAACGCAUAACUUGGGUUGUAAGCAAGAGAAUACGUUACGAAAAUUGUAAUCGGGAGAGACGAACGGACGUUCUAAAUUGAGAGUUAAAGAAGUUUUACUUUAGUCGUUUUUUUAUGCAAAUAUUUUAAGCCCGAUUUUAAAAAUAAAUGAUUGAAAUUCUUUUGGAAAAGGAUACAAACUGAAAAAUUCCAGGAGUUUAAGAUUUGUUGUAAGAAAAAAAUGUUUCGAAAUUGUUGUAAAAUUAUUUAUUCAAAACAAAUGUGAUAUUCAACUGUAGAAAUUUGACUUGUGACACGCUCCGCGCGUCUCGAUAUCACAUGGGUUUUAAAUAUAUCUUACAGUUUUUUUUUUAAUUAAAGAACGUUUUGUUUGAAAGCGACGUAACUUCGUUAGAUACCAACAUUUAUAUUAAGGAUACAGUUUAAAUAUUUAAAUGGUAGUUUGCAUUGUGUGCUGGUAACACAAUGGUGUUCAUUUCAAGGGGCGGGCCUCGGAUUUUUGUUAUUAUGGGGCGCCACUGUGUGUCACAAAUUAAUAUAAUUUUAUUUUAUAAUUAUCCUUUUCUAGGUGCAUUUUUUUGUAGUUAUUCUCAAACGUAAGAAAAAUAAAUAAUUUCGGAUUUAUUAUUUACCAACUAAUAAGCAAAUAAUUGGAUAGUAAUUACUAAUUAAUGAAUAAUUAAAAAAAUUUACACAUUUAUUUUUAUAUAUUUUUUAUUUUUAAGUGCCAAAGAAAAGAAGUAGUAUUGGCCGCGAGACAAAUUUCCAAUUUUAAAAUCUUAAUUAGUUUGAAGUUAUUUGCACAUAACCAAACCCCCUAUUGUAUACUUAUUAAAUAAUAUUAAUUUUAUAUUAUUUAUUAACUAUAUGUACAAUUAUAGCUACAAACUAAUUGCAAUUUUAGCUACAAACUUUAUUUCUGUUUUAAAUUUUUUUCUUCCGUACCAAAUGUUAUUAUUUACUGUUUUAUUUUUCUGGCACUGCUGGGCCCAAAAAAGUUGGGCGAAAAAGCACUUGCUUGCUAGGCUAUAAGUGAUUUUUUCUAUCGUGUGGCCAUAAUCAUAUUUCACACAUUUUCAUGUUAUAGUAGAUAAUGUAAGUUAGGUAUAGUCAUUCUAUAAAAUAACCAGAUAACUAAGUCCUCGUCUGCGCGGUGCAGGAGAGUGAGUAUAGAGCGGGCGAUAAUACCGUGCCCAUUUCUAUGCUUACGAGUACAAAGAGGUAAAGUUUGUGGUAUUGUAGAGGUUAAUCUGGAUAUACUUAACCGAUUUUAAAAAUUCUUUUACCACUAGAAGGCCACGUUAUUUGUGAGUGUCAUAGACAUUAUUUUAUUCCUAUAUUCUCACGGUAACAGGAACUACGCGGGUGGAACCGCAGGCGUCGGCUAGUAAUGAAUAAAUGAUGAAUGCACCUACCACCUGCUCUCCACUCACUCCCCUUUGCCGUCACACACCCACGCCUCUGUACUACGCAGAAGACGAUUUUCCAUAGAAGUAUGGACAAUUUCAUAACAUACGGUGGCGCUCUUUGUUAGGUUUUAAACGUAAUGUAAAAACAAUACAACAUGUUAAUUCAAUACGCUUAUUUUUAUUUAUUUAUUCUUUUUUUAAUCAAAUCACAAAGACAUUUUGAAAAUAAACUUGAACAAUAUGACGAUUCUCAUGGGUGACUGAGUGAACGCAUAAUGUCACUGCUCAAUUGAACGAUUGAUUGAUAGAUUAUCAUGAAAUGAUGAACGUUUGUAUACACAUUGGCAGGGAUACUAAAAAGAAAAUAAAAUAACUUUCAUCCAGAAAAAUGUACUUUCUUAGCGAUAGAAAAAUGUAAGACACGCAAGAAAAAAAAUAACAGUUACAAUCAAAACAUAACAGUUGUACAAAUCAGAUUAAAAGAAAGGCAGCAGCCGAGAUCAUCUUCUCCUAUGUCUGAGAUCGGCCCUGGAACUUUCUUUCUUGGUCGGAUUAAUCAUCGGGAGAAUUAUUGGAUUCCUCGAUGCUGAUUCCCGUUUUAUGCCCAUUCAACAAAUUUCAGAAUGUACCAGAUAAGAUUUUUCAGAAAAUUCAGAAAUCCAUUUCUGGUCUAACGUUUUAAAAGGAUAUAAUAUAGUAGUUAUGCCUAUACAAUAUACAUAAUAUGUGUCAUACAGACCUAGGUAAGUACUAUCUUACAAAACUUUCACGAUUUGCCUUUGUGUAUCAUAAACGUCAAAAACUAAGGCACAGUAAAAUAAGUAUAUAUUUUUACUGUGAGUUUACUUUUACCUACUUGUUUAAUUGAUUGCAUGAAUUCGUGAAAUUAAAAAGUAGUAAUUGAAAGUAGAUUCGUGAAAUUCAGGCCAUUCGUGAAAAUAUUAUUGUCCAUAGUCCUUGAGGUGAAAAUGAAGCAAGAGCUUAGUCAAUAUUAAGUCAAGUACCUAUCGUUUUUCUGAAGCCUGGAUACGAACUACGAUGACAUUCAGCACAGGUCACGCGUGAGAAUCGAUUUAUUACUUGCUCAAUUAUUAUUUUAUAUUUAUUUCUUUUUGAGGCCUAGAGGGUACAAAGCUAAGUAUUGAUUGAUAUGAUUGAUUGAUUGUGUCUGCACAAGUUUGUAGCAUUUUUUCCGAAUUUGAGAAUAUUUUCAAUGUAUUUUUAGCAACAUACAUCGGCAUUUUAAACGUGCUGUUUUUUUAGUUACCUAGACUUAUUUGUGGCGACACAAGAAAAAAAUGCUAGAUUGGCACUUGUGAGAAUAUAGAGCAAAUGUUUUUUAUUUUUUUUCAAAAUAAUACAUUAAAAAUAAAAUAAAAUAAAAUUAGGUACCUACGUAUGUUUAUUUGAAAUAUUUGGUUUUUUACCAAAUAGAUACCUUCAUUAAAAAAUAAAACACAAUGUAACUACACGCACAAAUUUUAUCUGUUACAAAAAUGAGGUGAACAACACAACCGACUAAAUAAAAAUUAAGACUAUUAGCCACUUUUGUUUGCCUCAGUAUCGACGCUAAUAACAUAUCUAAUAGUAUUUAUAGUCUUUUCCUAGUACCCUAUGAAAAAAUGCUACAAUCUUCUCAUUAUAUUUACAAUAAAAUAAGCAGAAAACAGUUAGGUGUACCUAUUUUACUGCCACUUGAAAAAUAAACUUUAGUAAACCUAUAUAAUAAUAUAAGAUUGUAAUCAAACACUUCUAUAUAUUUUACGCAUAUAGAAGUUUUUGAAGUUAAUAAAUUAACCAAAAGGAGAUGGUUCUUUAUUACAUUGAUGUAACAUAUACUUACUAAAAUGCAGUGAGUAUAAAUGAAUUAGUAAUUUUAUUUAGUAAGAAAAAAUCAUAAAAUAAAAAAGGCAUAUUUUUCACUUUGCAUACUAGAAGACCCCCUUUACUAAGGGAGAGGACACACGGUGCGGCGCUCUGCAUAUAAAUAUCAAUGCACACGGUGCCGCACACCGCGUGUGUACAGCGAUGCGGCAAAACGUCUCCGGUGCGGCGCCGCACCGCACCGUGUGACCUCUCCCUAACGGCAUGCAAUGCCAAUUUGUUGUAAUAAUUCGUACAUUUAUAUUUUGUUAAAAAUCCUUUGUUACUUUGUAUGAUUUGAGUGUUUUUAAGCGUUAAAAAUUACCUAGCAAAUUCCGCGUUGGGUCUAUAUCUCCCAAAAUAUUUUAUUUUAUAGGUAUCACCUAUAUAUUUAUCAAAACUCGUUGACUGGAACUUAGAAGCAAUCAGUGCCUGGGUAAAAAAUGGACAGAUACAAAUAGCGACGUUAGUAUUACUUAUAUCUUCACGAUCUGUCUGGACCGUCUCCUUUGAAAAAAAGAUUGCGCCCAAAUAAAAUAUUAAUUAGUAAAUUUAAAAAAAACGUUAAUGUUUUGAUCUAUUACGCUUAUUAAUUAAAAUAUAAUAGUAAUUAAUUGUAUUAAAUUGAUUCUUUAUAAUAUUAAUAUACCGUACUAAUAGAUAAAGAAAUCGAUCAAACUUGCUGAAUUAACCGCGGAGAUAAUUUUAACGAUAAUGAAUAUUCGAUUUUAUAUUACAAAAAUAUCUCAUUGUGACAAAUCGGAUGAACGUGAAACGACCUACCUACGACAAGCGUAUUCUAUUAAUGUUUUUGCUUGUCAGUGGUUUUUGCUUGUACCCAUUUUACCUACUUCACCAAUAAUUCUAUAUAAAAAUCAGUUGCUUCAGGUAGGCCUCUCGUAUUUUAAAGCAGAUUUUGAAAUGCAAGUUGGUUCAACUAAUCGAAGCUGAUUCUACCGGAAAUCCGGAAGAAAAUAGCAGUUACCAAUAUUUGAAAUUACGGACAUGUCCCAAAACUGGCAACAUAUGUCAUGCCAGUGAACUUGUACUAACUUCAUUGUUGUUCUCAUUUUUAAAUAUAGAAAAAAUGUAAGGGAAUGAUAACAAAUUAUUUGGUAGGUUAAUAUGCUAUUUACAUCAACGAUUUUAUAAUAUUAGUUAUGUUACAUGCCUACAAAACCACCGUAAAAACAGAUCGUUUACCUGCUUAACUGAACGCACACAUACACGAUUUUGUGUUUACUUACAUUACCUUUAUAUGUAUGUGCAUAUAGUUUUUAAACUUCCUGAAUACACAACUCGACAUUGUAGACAAUAUUUAUAUUUAGGUAUUAUUUGUAUAAAUAACUUUCGUUGUUUGCUACUAGAUUGUAUGACUAAAUAAAAUGACAAUUAGCCGACGAUAGUGACAUACCUAAUAUUAUAAAAUCUUUGAUUUUCAUCCAGUUUAUGUUCACUUUGAAUAUAGUAAGAACGGUACUUGUAUCAUGAAGUUUUAAUCUUUUAGUUGCCUAAUAAAAUACGUUAAGUAUAAAAUUAACGUUUUACAAAUGCGAUUCAUUUCUAUGGAAAUGUAUCUACGUAAUGCACAAAAAACUUAUCAUAAAAAGACCAACUUUUCUACAACUAUUUAAUAAUAAUUAUCUCGUCUUUUCUCUGCAAUUUUGUUAAAGUUACUUAAUUAAGCCUAAACUUAAGUACCUAGAUAUAUACCUAAAAAUUCUUCUAAACCUAAUUAUCGAGCCCUAAGUUAUUAGGACAUUAGUAAGCGAAUGAAGUACCUACCUAAAACCGGCAUUUUCCGAACAGUGAGCUCGAUUUUUUGAAAAAUAUACGUUAAUUCAAGUGACACGAAUAAAUCAAGAUCGAAGCUCGGCUUACAUUGGUAAUGCCAUUUAUUACAUUUUGUCGUAUUUACUGAUAAAAUAAAGAUAACAAGAUGGUGCUUCAAUGAUAAAAUGUCUAUGUUAAGGCGACAUUUACCUCUUUCUACCCUCGACUCAGCGUUGAAAACUUGAGAGUGAUGUAUCUCAUCACGAGAUGGCGUUAUGCAUUGCACUCAUUCGUCGGUUGAGGCCUUAGACCAUGGUCUAAGGUAAAGGCCGUACAGACUACUUUAGUAUUUUAGUCGAGUGCGAAUGAUUUUUGGACGGUAAAUUCAAAAAUUGUUCGUACUCGAUUAGAAACUAAAGUAGUCCUAACUAGGCUUUACAGCAAAAAAACAUCAAUAUUCUUUUAUAAUAUGGCAAGUUCCUUGAUGACAUGCAUCACACUCCCAUGAUGACAACGGGCAACGGGGGAAAGACUGCGCGGGUGUGAAAUCGUGCGUGUGGGUAGUGAGAUGCAUCAGUCGUGGGUUUUUCAUUCAUCUACACGCCUCCCAGCCCGCGCGGUCCAUUGGGAGUGUUACGAACGAAGUUGCCAAGCUAUAGUAAACAUUCGCCUGCUCUACAAUAAUUACUAAUCUAGGUCAUGCUUCAAUUGAAAGUUCGCUAUUCGGAAAACGCUAACGAAAUCUUCGCACAUCCUUGUUCGUAGUGUAUUCUAGUUAAGUGAAUGUAGGUAAACAAAACAGGCUGGUCCCUGUACUGAAACCUCGUAAGCCUCAUAAGCCUACCCAACAUUUUACCAUUGAGAUUUGCGUAGAGAUAAAUUAAAAUUAAAAUGUUACGUGUAAAUUGCAGAUAUGUAUUCAAUUGAAUUGUUAAAUUAUUUAUGUAUUCCGGAAUGAUACGUAUAAAUCGAUGUCCUGAUUAAAAUUAUCUUAAUUA